AUGAGUUUGCGAUCUAAGGCACUUGUCAAUCUUCUCAAUGGUUGGCCAAAUCCGUCAUUGCUACCUCCGGAAUUGGUGAAGGCUGCAUCUGGUGCCGUGCUGUCCGAUGAGAGCAGGGCUCUGUCAACUCUCCAGUACGGCCCUGAUCAAGGCUACGAGUCACUCAGGGACGAGGUCGCCCGUUGGCUGACAGCGUUUUACAAACCUCAAGAUGCCAUCCAAGCUGAUCGCAUAUGUAUCACUGGUGGUGCAAGUCAGAAUCUGGCAUGCAUUCUUCAGACUUUUACGGAUCCAAUAUAUACACGUAACAUUUGGAUGGUAGCCCCGACUUACUAUCUAGCAUGUCGCAUCUUUGAAGAUUCUGGAUUCGCUGGAAGGUUGAGGAGCGUUCCAGAGGAUGAGGAAGGGAUUGAUCUAGAUGCGCUGUCUAGACAGAUUGCUCACAGCGAAGAGAAAGCGCGGGCAGAAGGCAAUCUUGAGCCAAAAUUGAAAGCGUCAAGACCAUGGAGGAGAAUUUACAGGCAUGUCAUUUAUGCUGUUCCCACCUUUGCAAAUCCGUCUGGCAGGAUCAUGACCAUUGGUCGUCGAGAGCGCCUGGUCCGUAUAGCAAGGAGGUUUGACGCUCUGGUUGUUACGGAUGAUGUUUACGACUUUCUACAAUGGCCAUCUUCAUCACCUUCUACUUCUACUGAAGCCCGUUUUCCCGAUCAAGCAUAUGUUCCACGGAUAGUUGAUGUGGACAGGUAUCUGGAUGGCGGACCGGCUGAGACUUUCGGCAAUGCGAUUUCGAAUGGAAGUUUCACCAAGAUCGUGGCACCGGGAUGUCGGACAGGCUGGGCGGAAGGGACUAAAGCUCUCGCCUACGGACUCUCACAAACAAAGGCUGCCGAGGAACAGGUCCUCAGUAUUCCUGAAGGAAACGCGUUCCAAGUCCAAGGUGAUGAAGGAAGUGGGUUAUCAUUCCAGAGCUACAUCAGAUUGUGUUUCGCGUACGAAAGCGAGGACAAUCUGGUAGAAGGAGUGGAGCGGCUUGCUCGACUGAUUAAAAGGGAGCUCGAAUCUAGCCAUCCCCAUUGCAGUCUUGGUUCGGACACAUAA